AGAAAAUAUGACACAUAUAACAUUAACAUUUCAAAGCUAAAACCUACACUACACACUAAAAGAUAUAAAAACUGUACAAUAAAAACAAAUACAUAAAUAUAACCAAAAAACAUGGAAGACACAAAAGAGGAGGAAACAACUAUUCGUUCUCUGACUGAGGACCAGGUCACAGAAAUUUGCGAAACAUUCGCGCUUUAUGAAACCCCCCGUACACCUGGAAUGAUUAGGCAAAAUGAUCUUGGCAAUGUGAUGUACCAACUGGGAAUAAUUCGCACUGAAUCGGAGAUCAACUGCAUGUUCCAGGAAUUUGAAUAUGAAUUAAACGAGGGGGUCACGGUAGCGCAGUUCCUCCAUGUUAUGACCAAAGUCUACCAGCAGCUGUACGACAAGGAUUCACUAAAGGCAGCUUUUGACGCGAUCGACGAGACUAAAAAUGAUGCAAUACACGGCAGCGAUCUGCGCCACUUUGCCCUGUCCAUGGGUAUGAAGUUUACAGAUCUCGAGUUCGAAGAAAUGUUCAAACAAGUCGACUUUGAUGGCGAUGGUAAAAUUGGCUGGACAGAUUUUGUAAAAGCUGUUACAAAGCCCUGAAUUGGUUAUAUAAAAACAUGAUUAAAAGACACGUAUAACUCUUA